UUUACUGCAAAUUUUAUGGACUUUCCCAGGUGUCAUCGAAGGCUGAUUACCAUGGUCCAGCUCAUGGUCACUCCUGAAAUAUCACUUGCUGACUCACCAGUGUGGAUUCGAGCCGUUGGCCUGACCCCCUCCCAGCCAGUGACCCUGCAUUCAUCACUGAUAGAUGAGAAGAAUGUGAAGUUUGAAGCCAGGGCCUUCUACUGGGCAAAUGAGGCCGGAGAAAUAGAUGUGAAAAAGGCAUCUGCUGUGGGUGGUGACUACACAGGUGUAUGUCCCAUGGGCCUGUUCUGGUCCCUGAAGCCAGAGAAGAUGUUCCACAGAUUGAUUAAACGUGAUGUAAUAGGCAGCCCCUUCCAUGUCCAGAUCAAUCUUUUUGGCUCUUUUGUUAUGAUGCCUUCGGAAAAAGAUACACCACUGGCUACUUGCACUAUUGAGAGGUGGUUUGUGACCCCUGGAGUGGAACAAAUCAAGAUCAAGGAUGGUCAAGUUCGAGGAUCCCUUUUCAUGCCUCCAGGGCCUGGCCCAUUUCCAGGAGUGAUUGAUAUGUUUGGUGGCGGUGGAGGGCUCAUUAAGUUCCGGGCUAGUCUGUUAGCCAGCAAAGGCUUCGCUGUUCUGGCUCUGGCCUACAUGGCAUACGAGGAUCUGCCCCAGACCUUGGCGGAAGUGAACCUGGAGUAUUUUGAGGAAGCUGCCAAGUUGCUCUUAAAACACCCUAAGGUUAGAGGCCCAGGACUUGGGGUAAUUGGAGUCUCCAAAGGAUCUGAGAUUGCACUAGCCAUGGCUUCCUUCUUAGUGCAAAUAGUUGCAGCAGUCUGUAUCAAUGGUACCACAACUGUAAAUGAUGCGCCACUCCGCUUUAGGGAUAUUUAUAUCCCUGGUGUCUGCUACUACCCAGAAAAGUUUCUCAUAAACAGCAUGGGAGCACUGGACGGCCAUGAAAUCAUUGGAGAUCCUCGGGAUGAGGCACACCAAGCGUCUGUCAUCCCUUUGGAAAAGGCCCACGGGUCCGUACUCUUUGUGGUGGGAGAAGAUGACCGUGGCUUCAACAGCAAGUUGUUUGCUGAGCUGGCCAUAGCCAGAGCGAAGAAGUAUGGGAAAAAUAAUUGUACUUUGCUGUCUUAUCCAAAGGCUGGACAUCUCAUAGAACCUCCUUGUUCUCCACUGUGUACUUGCUCCUGGAUCCCAGGUUAUAUGAAACCUACACAAUGGGGAGGUGAAAUGGAACCUCAUGCCCAAGCCCAAGAGCACUCCUGGAAGGAGAUCCAAAAAUUCCUUGAGCUUCACCUUGGUCCAGCUGGAAGCAGCAAUGUGUGAUGUUAGGAGGGAAGAUGAGCUACGAGUGGCAUUUUCUAGUUUCCAGACUGAAUCAAAUAAACAUAUGUUGAUCAAGUGAGCAUCGUCUGUUUACAGAGGUGCUUUCACAUGGACAUGAUUCUCCACACAGCUCACAUUGCUACUGUGAACGUAGAGGCAUUUGGAAUGGCAAGCAUCCACACAAAAGUUUCCCCUAUACUGUCUUACUCCUCUCUGGUUGCUACUUUCCUCUUAUCACUGAAGGGCUUUGGGAGCAACACUAAUAGCACUUUUAUAAUAUUAUAGUUUCAGCAGCCCUGUU